GCCCCCUGAAAUCUUGUAUUUUUUGGAAACGUUUUGGUGGUUGAAAAAGCGCAAAGCCAUGUUGGGUUUAAAAAGGAUUCUGAGCAUCCGGGCUGCCCGGAUUCGGAGCUGUGGUUCGCCGGGAGCCAAACUCUCACCUCGGUCUUCUUCAUGCCAAAACCCCGGUGCCAGUUCGAGGAUUUACUGUGCGUGUCUGUUGCUGCUGCUGCUGGUGACGCCUCGGGUGGACUCUUCAUGGUGGUACAUUGGUGCACUGGGAGCCCGUGUGAUCUGCGACAACAUCCCGGGCCUGGUGAACAAGCAGCGGCAACUCUGCCAGCGCCAUCCAGACAUCAUGCAGGCCAUCGGCGAGGGAACCAAAGAGUGGAUCAGAGAAUGCCAGCACCAGUUCAGACACCACCGCUGGAACUGCAGCACACUGGACCGCGACCACACCGUGUUUGGACGUGUCUUGCUACGGAGUAGUCGUGAAGCAGCAUUCGUCUACGCCAUCUCCUCAGCAGGAGUGGUGUAUGCGCUCACUCGUGCCUGCAGCCAGGGGGAGCUGAAGACGUGUAACUGCGACCCACACAAGCGUGGACGGGCUAGCGAUGACAGAGGAGAGUUUGACUGGGGUGGUUGUAGCGAUAAUAUCAACUAUGGGAUAAAGUUUGCCAAAGCCUUCAUAGAUGCCAAAGAGAGGACUGUCCGAGAUGCACGGGCGCUCAUGAACCUACACAACAACCGCUGUGGCAGAACGGCAGUGAAGCGGUUUAUGAAGCUGGAGUGUAAAUGUCACGGUGUGAGCGGCUCUUGCACGCUGCGGACAUGUUGGAUGGCCAUGUCAGAUUUCAGGAAGACCGGGGACUACCUGAGGAGGAAAUACAAUGGGGCCAUCGAGGUGACGAUGAAUCAGGAUGGGACAGGCUUCGCUGUAGCUAACAAAGCCUUCAGGAAGGCCACCAAGAACGACCUGGUCUACUUUGAGAACUCACCGGAUUACUGCCUACAAGACAAAACAGCAGGCUCCCUGGGCACGGCUGGGCGGGUCUGCAAUAAGACAUCACGCGGCACAGAUGGCUGUGAGGUCAUGUGCUGUGGGCGGGGCUACGACACCACCAGAGUCAAGCAAAUCACCAAGUGCGAAUGCAAGUUCAAAUGGUGCUGCGCCGUGGAGUGUAAGGACUGUGAGGAAGCUGUGGACAUACACACGUGCAAAGCUCCCAAACGAGCUGAAUGGUUGGAACAGACCUGAGGACACGCCCCCUCUGCCCCCUGUAAUGCAACCCCAUCCCUUUUCCCUUUACAGGACAUCCUGUGGAACAUGGCAUUCUGGGAAAGUUUGUCCGAAAGUGCUCUGCGUUUCCGCCCUCCCCUGCCCCCACCUCGGUUCAUCAUUGCAUGGCUUUUCUACCUGUCUCUGUGAAAGCACUAGAAUUCAGUACCCAUCAAUAUGAAUUAACACCCAUUAGCCCCUGUUUGUGAAUAGCCCUGUGACUGAACUGCUGGGAUCAGAUGUUGAACGGUGAAACCAGUGAACAAUUUGGGAUUCGGGUGGAUUGGGCUUUUAUUGAAGAUUCAGUCCAGACAGCUUUUUUUUCUAGCGUGUGGUUCUGGGUUAAAAAUGGUUUUCUGCUUUCAUGAUGCUUUAAAGACACAUUUUUACAUUAACUGAGCCUUCAAACGUAUCCAGUAUUAAUACAAAGACAUCAUAUACUCACAUACAUUUUUCUCUUUUUUUGGGAAAAUACACUUUUAUCUACCCAAAACGAAUACUUGGUUGGACUUUGGGAAGUAGCUUGACAAGUGCACUUUGAGAAGUGGACAUCUAAGCGCAAGAUGGCUCUGUGUGGCCAAACAGAAGUCCAGGCAAAGGACUACCAGAGGACAGGGAGAUGGACACUAGAUGAAUAAAUGGACGGAUGCGUCAUUGGGACUUUGAAUGCAACUGUUUAAAAAAAGAAGAAGAAAGCUGUUUAAAGUGAUUUAUUUAAAUUGUAAAGUGUUGUUUCAUUUCUCAUCUGCGGAUGAGACUGCACUACAUUGGCUGACACGAGGCGAGAGAAGAGCACUCCCAUUAUUAUGAUUAUACAGUGUACUCUAGUUUUCAGUGUGUAAGACGACAAACUACCGCUGAGAAAAAAGAAGAAAAAAAGAAGAUGACCUGGAUGGUCAUUCAGUCACAUAUAACCACAACAUCAGACAGAUUUCACUUCUCUGCUCUCCAGCUUGCUUGUAUAACAUUGUGUAUAUUGCCUUAUCUAAACAGAUGUUCAUAUGAAAUAUAUGGUGCAUUAGUACGACACUGAAA